AGAGAGAGAGGAAGAGAGAGAGAGAGAGGGGAAGGGAGGGAGAGCAAAAACCCAGCGAGCCUCCUGCUGUGAGCUUUCUUGGCUUCUGACGUGUGCGCACGAUUCUCGUGGCAGGAUGAGCUCGUGCAGCAGCCGUGCGUUGACCAUCCUGUCCACGGUGUUCGGAGCCUGUGGGCUGCUGCUGGUGGGGGUGGCCGUGUCCACAGACUACUGGCUGAUCAUGGUAGAGGGCAUCAUCCUGCAACAGAACCAGAGCAUGGAGGUGAAGAUGGCACUGCACUCAGGCCUCUGGAGAGUUUGCUUUGUGGCUGGAUCAGAGAACGGGCGAUGCGUUGCAUCAGAGUACUUCACUGAACCCGAAAUAGAGAUCACCACGGAAAACACAGCAAACAUCCUCAAGAUGGUGCGUACAGCCACGCCCUUCCCCAUGGUGUCGCUGCUUUUCGUCUUCACAGCCUUCGUCAUCAGUAACAUCGGACACAUCCGGCCUCAGCGCACCAUCCUCGCCUUUGUUUCCGGCAUCUUCUUCAUCCUUUCAGGCCUCAGUCUGGUGGUGGGGCUGGUGCUCUACAUCUCCAGUAUAAACGAUGAGGUGAUGAACCGACCCAGGGAGCCUGAGCAGUUCUUUAACUACCACUAUGGCUGGUCCUUUGCCUUUGCUGCUUCUUCCUUCUUACUUAAAGAGGGGGCCGGCGUGCUGUCAGUCUAUCUGUUCAUGAAGCGCUAUGCCGAGGAGGAGAUGUAUCGUCCCCACCCAGCGCUCUACCGCCCUCGUCUGUCUGAAAGCAGUGACUACAGUGGCCAGUUUCUCCACCCAGAAUCCUCCUGGCCUCCACCAAAGCGAGGGCGCAGCACCUCUGAAGCCUCCAGUGACAUCUCCAUACAGCUCAACCAGGCGCCACCAGCCCCGGCCAAAAGCAACCUCCAAAAGAGCGGGCAGGGCAGCCCACCGUCCGGGUCGUCCUCUGCAGGGAGCUACCCGCAAACGGGCGGUUACCCCUCCACACACACCCUGCCAAGGUCGCACUCCUCACACCCUCAAGGCCAGGCUCUGCCCAUGGCAAUGCCUCCAUCCCCUGUACCUCCACCUCACUAUCAUGCACACAUGCACAUGAGCGCCUCCCCCUGUUAGAGAGGGAGAGAGGGAGACAGACUCCUCAUAAUCAUGUAAAAAUGUAGGUGAUGGACGGGCUUUGAUCAGGAUCGCACAAGCUAAAAAGAAUCAUCAAAUGUUUUAAAAAAUGUAGCUCUGAAACAAUGAGACAAAAGAAUUGUGAGAUUUUUAAGAAACAAGCAUGGACAAGAGGAAAAAAAGGAAAAAAGAGGAAUUCAGGGUGUUUUUCCUAGAAAGACUUUAGCAGAGAGAGCUGAGUGACAGAGGAGAUAUAAAGGGAGGGAGUAAGGCAGGGGUGAGCGAGGUGCUGCGGUAUAAAACCCAGAUGCUGCAGUGCUGCGGGAAAUUUGUAUGCACACGAUCACUGACGACUGAGGAUGCACAUAGUUUUAUACAUCCAUAAUUCAUGCCAAUACAUGGACUCUGCU